AUUCGUCAAGAAAGCUAGGGCUUUCCCUUCCAGUUUCUGCAUUUCUUUCUAGGGUUCAUCAUGUGGGCGCUGCGCCGAUCUUCGAACCCUCUCAAGAGUGGAAGAAUUAGCUUAAGAUUUGCUCAUACAGCUUCUGCCAAAUUAGAAACUUCAAGUUAUUACAUAAAAGAAAAGGCUGGCCUUUUUGCGUCCUCUGAAGCAAUACAAGAGACAUGUAUAUCACUGUUGAGAUUUUACCAUUCCAGACAUGCUUCUUCAAAUAUCUAUAUUGGGAGGCGUGCUCUUUCCUCCAAAGCUGGUGCAGAAAGCAAAGGAGAGGAAGAUGACUUGGAAGAUGGUUUUCCUGAACUUGAAACACCUGCUAGUGCAGAGGCAAAUGAUUAUUCUAGUGCAGGGGAAGAAAAUGAAGAUGAACUUCUAUCUGAACCAGAACACCCAGGUGAUGAUGAAGAUGUUGAAGAGCCUGUUGAAAAUGAACUAGAAUUAUCAGAGAUCGAAACCAUUCCCGAUGAGAAGAAAACAUCAAAAAGAGGUGCUUAUUCAGAGCUGUUCGAAGCCAUUGUUUCUGGUCCAGGUAAUUCUGUUCACAAGGCUCUUGAGAAGUGGGUUGAGGAAGGAAAAGAGUUGAGGAGAGAAGAGAUAUCAUUGGCCAUGCUUAAUCUUCGUAAGCGUAAAAUGUUUGGGAGGGCAUUGCAGCUCUCUGAGUGGUUGCAAGAAAAUAAGAAGCUUGACUUUAAUGAGAGAGAUUAUGCUGCACGUCUUGAUUUGAUUGCCAAAGUUCGAGGCCUACAGAGGGCAGAAAAUUACAUUGAAAUGGUUCCUAAAUCUUUCAGAGGUGAGUUGAUCUAUCGAACCCUUUUGGCAAACUGUGUUUUCUUUAACAAUGGGAAGAAAGCAGAGAUGGUCUUCAACAGAAUGAAGGACCUAGAAUUCCCAAUCACUGCAUUUACUUGCAACCAGCUGCUCCUCCUCUACAAGAGGCAUGAUAGGAAGAAAAUAGCUGAUGUCUUGUUAUUAAUGGAGAAAGAAAAUGUCAAACCUACACUCUUCACUUACAAAACUUUAAUAGACACGAAAGGCAUAUCCAAUGAUAUAGCUGGAAUGGAGCAAAUUGUUGAGGCAAUGAAGGCUGAAGGUAUUGAACCAGAUUUGUAUACGCAGUUUAUUGUGGCCAAACACUAUGCCUCAGGUGGGCUUGCAAACAAAGCUGAAGAGGUAUUGAAGGAGAUGGAAGGAGAUGAUUUAACACAGAAACGCUGGGCAUGCAAAUAUUUACUUUCUCUUUAUUCAGAGCUUGGAAAGGCUGAUGAGGUAGGAAGAAUCUGGAAGGUCUGUGAAUCAAAUCCCCGGCUUGAUGAGUGCUUGGCUGCUAUUGAUGCGUGGGGAAAGUUGAAGAAAAUUGAAGAAGCAGAAGCCGUCUUUGAGGAGAUGUUGAAUGUAUGGACGAAGCCUUCAUCAAACUCAAAAUAUUAUUCUGCACUCUUAAAGGUGUAUUCGAGGAACAAGAUGGUUGAAAAGGGAAAGGAUCUUGUUAAGCGAAUGGCAGAUAGUGGCUGCCGGAUUGGACCAUUAACUUGGGAUUCACUUGUUAGGCUCUAUGUAGAAGCAGGAGAGGUUGAAAAAGCUGACUCAAUCUUGCAGAAGGCAGCCCAACAGAACCUUGCAAAGCCCUUGUUUGUUUCUUACAUGACAGUUAUGAAUCAGUAUGCAAAGAAGGGUGAUGUCCAUAAUGCCGAGAAAAUGUUUCAUAGGAUGAGACAGGCAGGGUAUAUAUCUCGGUUACAACCAUUUCAAGCUCUAAUCCAGGCUUAUGUAAAUGCCAAAGCUCCACUUUAUGGUAUUAGGGAGAGAAUGAAAGCAGACAACAUAUUCCCAAAUAAGUCUUUGGUUGCACAGCUGGCUCAGGUAGAUCCCUUUAAGAAGACAGCAGUUUCAGACUUGCUUGACUGAAGAUUUGAGUAUUUAACAACUCCUUGGAACGUUAGUGCCCCAAUUCAAGCACAGUUAUUGUCUGUUAUUCCUAGGUUAAACGUUGAUGGUGAUUUGGAGUUAGAUAUGCUAUCAUGGUUCUUGAACAUCCUUGUGAAAAGUCAGUCUUAUAGGAUAUUUAACGAUGUAUGCUUUUACUUGGCUCAUUUUAAUGGUCUUCCAAAGUUUUCUCUUAAUCCAUCAUAUGGUACUGAACUAUGUAUUAGGGUAGAAAUAAUUUUCCCCACCUUUUUUUCUUCUGAGACAUGAAAAUGAAGAAAAAAAAUUAAAUUUUGAAUUUUUCUAUACUUUGGAUCAUAUUUGGGGGAAAAUGUACACGAUUGUAUUAUU